UUUUUUUCUAACAUAUCAAAUGUAAUAAUGUUGGUUUGAUAGAACUGUCCAGUUUUCGAUCAGAAUAUCUUUUUAUUUUGAUAAGCGUAUGCCAAAUAAGCUAUAUUUUUGGAAAUCUAGGUAAGAUCCUCACAUUAUUUUCUCUUUUAUAUAAAUGUGUGAUUUGCAGUUAAGAUUUUGAAUUUAUUUCCAGGAUCUGCUAGAAGUGACCCAAGUGAUCCAGACUAUGUUCCACAUGUCAACAUGGGAUAUAAGACUGCAUCCAUGAUGACACCUGAAGCGAGGAAAGAUCGUUUUUACAGGGCACAGAUUAGAGAAGAUACCAAGAACAAACAAGCCAAGGAUAGCCAAGAAAGAAGUAAUGCUGCCUCAAUUCUACUUGAGUUGUCACUCAAUUCUUCCCUCAAUGAGCAGAGUGAACAAGGUGUUGAAGAAGAAGAAAAUCAGCCUGCACGAGACUUACAUGACCCCUGCAUUGAAGUGAUCAUGAAACUGAAAGCCGAAAAGAGACAGCUGCUCACAGAGGUAGAAAACCUACAAGCUGAAUUACAGGAUACAAGACAUCAGCUCAGAGCUUAUGACCUUGCUGCAUGUGGUGCGCAGCUUGCCAUACCAGCAUUUACAAGGGGGAAAUCUCAGCUCAGCCCUAAAGAAAUCGAAAUUGGAAGGAGGCUGUCACGGGCCAGAAUACAUGUUGAGAGGGCUAUAGAAAGAGUAAAAAACUUCAAGAUUCUGAGCACCACCCUGAAGAUCAACCUUGUGCCUCAUUUUGACAAUAUUAUGACUAAGAUUGACAUGUAG